UUAAUUCUAGGUGGAGCUUUAUCCAUCACUCUCUCCCCUAGUUUGCCUCUCCUUUGGCCACCGAUUUCUCAGCUCAAUUUCACUCUCUAAGAAUCUCAAAUUUUACCUCUCUCUCUCAAAAUUUCCCAUUUUGCACCCUCGUUUUCUUUGGUAUUUCUUUGUGUGAGUGUUUCCAAUCUGCGCCUCUCAAUGUUUUGCUCUUUUUAUGUACAGAUCUUAGUUGUCCCCUGCACGAAUCAAGGUAUUCAAUUUUUUCCUCUAUCAUCAGCUUUUACUUUCAGGAAUAAUCUCUGAGCUCUUUCAAAGCUCCAAUUUUGGUGACUCAAGGCUCAAAGCUUUGUGCUCGGCAUCUUGGUCCGAUUCAGGUUCUCAUCCUGCUGAUUGAAUGUUUCUGAGCUGUUUGAUAGGGAUUGUCUGCGUGAUUAGAAGGAGAUGAGUCGUAUGACAAGUGAGAGUGAGAAUGGCAUUGUCUCCAAUAAUCAGAUUGAGUUGCCAUUGGGCGAGGAAGGCAAUUAUUGUGGAAGUGCAAAUGGAGGAGUUGUUCUUAAGAAAGGGCCAUGGACUUCUGCUGAAGAUGCAAUUUUGAUAGAAUAUGUGAAGAAGCAUGGGGAGGGGAACUGGAAUGCUGUUCAGAAGCACUCAGGGCUUUUCCGUUGUGGCAAAAGCUGCAGAUUGCGAUGGGCCAAUCACCUAAGGCCUAAUCUAAAGAAAGGAGCAUUUACCCAAGAAGAAGAACAGCUAAUCAUUGAACUUCAUGCAAAGAUGGGAAACAAAUGGGCACUAAUGGCUGCACAUUUGCCUGGACGUACAGACAAUGAGAUAAAGAAUUACUGGAAUACUAGAAUUAAGAGGCGUCAACGGGCUGGCUUACCACUUUAUCCACCUGAAGCCUCUUUGCAAGCGUUGCAGGAGAGUCAACGAUGCUUGAACAUUGACAGAAUCGAGAUUCGGAAUAAAAGUCAGCAUGAUACCUUGCAGAGCAACAGUUAUGGGAUACCCAAUGUCAUCUUUGACAAUUUAACGCCCAACCAAAGCAUCAUACCUUAUGUUCCUGAACUUCCUGAUAUUACUGCAAGCAGCAUGCUGAUGAAAGGCCUGAGCUCUUUUCAAUAUGGAAGCAUCAUGUCACCAAUAAUGCACCGCCAGAAGCGUCUUCGAGAGGCAACAACCUUAUUAUCCAGUUUUGGUGGUGGCAUGAAAAAUGAGUUCCAUUUGUUUGACCAGUUUCAGGAGGUUGACAUAGCUGCUCAAUCCUUUGGAUUGCCUUUUCCAUUUGAUUAUGAUUCUACCACCAAGAACCCAGAGUUUUUUGGUGAAAAUCAGGGUAGCCAUACCCUUGCCAAUGGCAAUUUCUCUGCUUCUAAGCCCACUUCUGAGGCUGUGAAGUUGGAGCUCCCUUCACUCCAAUAUUCAGAAUCUGAUUUAGGUGGCUGGGGCCCAUCUUGUUCCCCAUCACCUUUAAUCGAGUCUGUUGAUGCUUUUAUCCAAUCUCCCCCUACUGGGACAGUUGAGUCUGAGUGUCCAUCACCACGUAAUAGUGGCCUAUUAGAUGCUUUACUUCAUGAGGCCAAAACUUUAAGCAGUGCAAAGAAUCAAUUAUCUGACAAGAGUUCAAAUUCAUCCACUGUUACUCCCGGUGAUAAUGCAGACAGUCCUGGCCUUAAUAUUUCUGAGACGGAAUGGGAAGACUAUGGUCACCCUUUUUCUCCUUUGGGUCAUACUGCAACUUCCCUUUUCAGCGAGUGCACUCCCAUCAGUGCCAAUGAAAGUUCUUUGGAUGAAUCACCAUCUUGCGAGACCUUUACUGGAUCUAAAUGUAAAUUUGGACGUUCUGCAGAGUGCUAUGUGAAAUCAGAAUCUGUUGAUCAGACUUGGACUGCAGAUAGAGAAAAAGAAUCCUCUACCUGGUUGGAUAUUACUUCCCCUGAUGCCUUACUUGAUUCAGGUUGGCUUGAACAUGAUUCUGCUUAUGGAAAGGACCAAGUGAUCGUGACUGAUGCCGUGGAAACCCUUCUUUGUGAUGAUUUGAGUAGUGAGUCCAAGCAGAUGGCUGCUGGAGCAUCUGUAAAUCAUGGAUGGGGACAUAGUUCUUGUUCAUGGAACAACAUGCCUGCUGUCUAUCAAAUGUAUGAACUCCCUUGAAGUUCGAAGUCUGCUAUCCAUUUUGAUGAUUUUGCUGCUUCAUUCAUGUUGAUGAUUUCUACGAUCUAGGUAGCCACUUGGUCUGAGUACCUAUUGAACCUAGAAAAGUUCAACCAGACUCGUGUUAAUGUUUCAGUUAGGAUUAUUUCAUUUCUGGUUUCAUGAAACAAGGCAAUGCAUGUAUGCCAAUAUCAAAACUUACACAAAGUAUACCAAAUGCAUUAUGGCUUUUGCUAAAUUUGUAGAAUAACAUGCACGUUCAUCUCAAUGAUUUUGGUUAUUUGAUGGACUUGAUUUGGUUCCACUGA